AUGUCCAACCCUGCUGAAAGAGAAGGUGAAGACUCUUACGAAAGAGAAAAUGAUCCGUCACCGGUUCCCGGGUUUGAGCCAGAUGAUUCAUGGGCACGUGAACCCAACCCAGACCUGCAGGAUAUAGUUCCAGUUCAAAGAGAUGAACAGCCCGUCGAGGACCCUAUUCAGCCACCAGACUCGAAUUCUGAUCAGCAACUAGCGCAGGAUGAAAGAGAAGUGGUAGACCAGUCCAACAUUCUACGUGGUGAGCGGACUCGCCACGCGAAGCCAACCACUUCCAAUAGGUAUAACGAGGGACCAGAUGAUGACGACCUUCCAUCACCGGAGUAG